GGGGAGAGUGGUGGCUUCUCUUAUUCCUGACUCAAGCGUAAUACUCAGCGGAGAGUUUGUGUCUCCGUUGCAGCUGGUGACUGUCGGGGAUUUCCCUGUUUUCUGCUCCGCAUUGUAGCUGUCACACCUGUGGAACCAGAACUGGGAGGUUCUGAGUCAUCUGCGGAGAUUAGAGUCAUCCCUCGGCUUAAAAUGUGUGGCAUGCCUUAGAAGCUUGCGAGGCCCCUGGCGGAGAGGAAAGGAGCCUGGUGGCUGCUAUUAAGAGAAGAAGGAUUCUCACCAUCACUGUCUACCUGGGUCGGGCAGUCGGUCAGUCGUCCCUCCGGUGACGCCGCCAUGAGCUCGCAUCCCCGCCGCGUCCGCCUGAAGCCCUGGCUGGUGGCCCAAGUCAACAGCGGUCAGUACCCGGGACUCCGCUGGGUGGAUGCCGAGAGAAAGCGCUUCUUCAUUCCCUGGCGCCACGCCACCCGCCACAUCCCCAGCCAGGACGACGAAAACACCAUAUUCAAGGCCUGGGCCAAAGAGACGGGAAAAUACAAUGAAGGCGUCGACGAGCCAGACCCUGCCAAGUGGAAAGCCAACCUGCGCUGUGCCCUCAACAAGAGCCGCGAAUUUAACCUGAUUUACGACGGCACCAAGGACACCCCCAUGCAGGCCUUCAAGAUCUACGAGGUUUGCGAUGCCCCACAGCCCAACGGAGAGCCUUUCGCUGGAGAUGAGAACAUCGGCCCUGAAGAAGAGGAGGAGUUGCAGAAGAUGAUGCCAACGCUACAAAUUGCAGAUCCGUCCCACGGCGUGGAGCCCCUGCCCCCCUACCCGUGGCUGAAGCAGGAGGCCUUGUACCCGGGCCCUUGCGCCAACGGAUCCUUCCCCCACGUGGCGCGCAUGAACGCUCCCCCUCCGCCUCCGCCCGUCGGCGCUUUUGCGGUAGGCGGGGAGCCCGCCGCGCCCAACUUUGCUGAACCGGCCGGAGCGAUGCCCCUCGUUCCAGGAGAUGUCCCCAUGUCGGCGGACUUGGAGCCCCUGCGCCCGGGGGGCUGCCCGGUGGCGCCCAUGGAGCAGUUCAUCCCGGAUUUGCUGAUCAGCCCCCACAUGCUGCCAUUGACCGACCUGGAGAUCAAGUUCCAGUACCGUGGCCGCUCGGUGGGCUCCCUGACCAUCAGCAACCCCCACGGCUGCCGCCUCUUCUACAGCAACCUGAAGCCCACCCAGGAGCAGGUGGAGCUCUUUGGGCCGCUGACGCUGGAGCAGGUGCGCUUCCCUAGCGCGGAGGGCGUGCCCAACGAGAAGCAGCGCUUCUACACCCACCAGCUGCUGGACGUCUUGGACCGGGGCCUCAUCCUGGAGCUGCAGGGGCAGGACAUCUACGCCAUCCGCCUCUGCCAGUGCAAGGUCUUCUGGACCGGGCCCUGCGCCGGGGAGCUGGCGGGCCCCAAUCCCAUCGAGCGCGAGAAGAAGAUCAAGCUCUUCAGCCUGGAGAGCUUCCUUAACGGACUUAUCAUGUUCCAGAAGGGUCAGAGCACCACGCCACCCCCCUACGAGAUUUUCUUCUGCUUCGGAGAGGAGUGGCCGGACCAGAAGCCUAAAGAGAAGAAGCUGAUCACAGUCCAGGUGGUGCCAGUAGCUGCGCGUCUCCUGUUGGAAAUGUUCUCUGGGGAGCUGUGCUGGUCAGCCGACAGCGUCCGCCUGCAGAUCUCCCACCCGGAUCUCAAAGACAAGAUGGUGGAACAGUUCAAAGAGCUGCACCAGCUUUGGCAGACACAGCAGAACGUCCAAGUCCAGAGCCUGCAACUGGCCGGGCCCGAGACCUGGCCCAUGCAGACCAGCACCACAAACAGCAUGUAGCCGCGACGGGGGGGGCACCUUGCCACCCCCAGGCCUUAGCCACUUUGCUAGCGGGCGGCCGAUGCAGAACCACAGGGAUUUGCAAGCUCUGGGGCCUCCCGGUGUUCCCAGUUAAGAGCCGGACUUCAGCGGGCACCAAGUGGGGUCACGCAGCCUGACCGGCAACCUUUUGCUGAGCCACACAGAAGCCGCAGUGGUUCUUUGCAGGAUAAGGCCUUAUCCCGAUUGCUGCAAAAAAAGUGAACUGUCAAAUGGAAGGGGUGCGGGGAGAGGGCUGCAAGGAACUUGCAGGGCAAGGGCAGGUCUUGCGUCAGCGAUGGGGGAAGUCCGUUGAGCUGGGUUGCAGCAGGUAGCUUUACUUAAGCGUAAGCGCUGUAGCAGGGAAGGGAAAACCAGGACCCCCACCUUCUAAAAGAGCCCCUGCGAAGGUCUGGAGCAGGGCACAAAUGGGAGGGACCCCAAAGGUCCUGUAGCCCCCAACCCUGUGAAAUUCCGUAACCACAGAGAAUCAUGCGCUGCUCUUGGGCCUCAGCCCCGAAAAGGCCAAAGAUGGAGGCUGCUCUGUGCCUCCUUCCCCCACUAGGUUGCAUGGAUUGGGGCCAGACCUGCCUUGCUUGGUGCAAGCAAGCAGAAGAGGGGGUGUCUCCUCCGAGAAGCGCCCUUUGCCAAGUUUGAGACACUCCGCCAGCUCUGGCACUGGGAUUCUUGACUUUCGAUUUGCAAGAGCGAAGGGUUUUCAGUCCCCGUGGCUGCGAAGAGAUGUUCGUAAGCAGGUGUGCAGUGCCUUUGGAGCUCCAGCGAGCCAAGGAAAUGGCCUGAAAUGGGUUCUUUGUGGGCAAGAAGGCAUCGCCGCAUCUAGGGCUCUGCAUGUAGCUCCGCCUUUCCCCACCUGGUACCCUCCAGGGGGUUUUGAACUACAACUCCCCUCGGCCUAACAGAACCAAGAAUGCAGGUGGGUGCAGGCUUUGCACAGUUGCUCCUCUGGGCAGGAAACCUCUGCGGGCAAGAGGGUAUUAGCUAGCCUUUGGGGAAGGAAAUAUGCCUUUUCCUUUGUGUUUCGGAAGCCUGGGGUUGGUUUGGAGGGGUGUACAUGCCAAAGCUUUGCGGGAACAGAAUGCGCUUCCAGAAAGCAUCCCCAGCCUUCCUUUACAAAAAUCUACGAAUGCAAAAGUGCUUGAAUCCAAGAGGGAAAGUGAUGGGAUUUGGGUUUGGGUGGGCAACACUUCAGGGUCUUCUCUACAGUUUUUUACUCCACCACCUGCCUGCCAAAAUCAGAAUCCAUGCAGGUCACAGAACUCUGUUUUCCUUGGCAAAGCAGAAGGGGACAGUGGAAAGAGGGGUGGAAGGGAAGAUCCCCUUCCAUGGGGAAAGCCUAAAAGGAGACGGCAAUUCUUUGCAUUUGACGACCUGCCGCACUGGUACCACCAAGGUAUUUAGUUUCCUGCCACUCCCUUUCCUUCCGAGUUGGACAAGAACGUGCCCCGUGGCAGGGAGGGGCGUGUUGCAGUUCGCCGCUGCCAAACUGCCGUGUUACGUGGCCUCUGCCCGUCAGCUAAGGGCAGCUCGACCUCUGCCUGUGAAAUAAACAUGUUUACUCCGA